CAUAGAAUAACUCAUUGCUUAAAAAAAAUUCAUGAAUUGCAGAAGGCGCAUUCCGUAAUCCCAGCCCAUCUAAUCGCCGAAGCCAUCUCAACUCUCCGGGGACUCGACCUUCGGUGGUCGGGACCCAUAACUCCGACCGAAAUGGACUACGUCAAACAAUAUGUCUUCGCCAAAUACCCUCAAUACUGCAACGGCAUCCUCAACGAAAGCGAAGCACUCGAUUUGGGCAUUACCGGGGAAGAAGAAGAAUCCUCGGAACCCAACACAAAAAUUUCCCCCAAAAACCCCUCGACGCCGUCGUUUAGCCGGAGCUUCUCCGAUCUGGACCGAACCCAACUGGAAUCGUCCCGCCUACUCGACAUACUAGCCAAGAAAUCCUCAUUCAAGGGCAAUUUCAUGUCGAUCCCAGAAAUCCAGGCAUCGAAUCGAGCCCUGAAGCACUGCGGGCUGAACGAGAAGGACUAUCUGGUCAUUUUCAUGCCGACCCAGAGAGAUGCUCUGGCGAUGGUGGGCGAGAGCUACCCUUUUUUCAAAGGGAACUAUUACAUGACAAUCGUUGAAGAAACAGGGGACGGGAUCCGCGAAUACGCCGGUAGAAAAGAGGCGAAAGUGGUUCCGAUGCCGGAGAGCUGGUUAGAUCUGAGAAUCAAAGGUUCGCAGCUAAGCCAGUACUUUCGGAGAAAGUGUAAGAACACUCCAAAGGGGCUUUUUGCGUAUCCGGCCGCGGCGAAUGGGCUUAGGUACUCGAUGCAUUGGAUCUCCGAGGCCCAUCGGAACUCGUGGCAUGUCUUGUUGGACGCGACGGGGUUGGUGAUGGGGGAGGAGAGGCUGGCGCUGGCCAUGCAUCGGCCGGAUUUUGUAGUGUGUGGGUUGGAGAACAACGGCGGCGGCGGCGGGCAGGGGAACGGGCAGAAGGUGAGUUGUUUGUUGGUGAGGAAGAACUCGUUUGAUACUUCUGCGGCUUCUGGGUGA